CGCCACCGUUGCCGGACAAUCGGUCGCUGCUGUACUCUCAUCAUCCUUACCGCGCGUCCCUUUCGGCACGCCCGUUUUAUUGUUGAGUGUAGAGAAAAGAGUCGCGGUAUCUUCGCACAAAAAAUAUAAUUUUAAAGAUGACCUGCUGCAGCGGCGAGGACGACGAUGAGCAACAGCAGACCGAAGCACCUAGAGUACGAGGAUGCACCGACAUAUUUUGGCUAUGUCUAUUCAUUGCGUUUUGGUUCUUGAUGAUUGUAGUAGCAGCUUUUGCCUUUGUUUAUGGACAUCCAAUUAGGCUAAUAAAUGGCUAUGACAGUUUUGGUAAUACCUGUGGUGUUAAAAAUAAUCCCAAAAUUGGAACUUUGGAACUUUCUGGCCAAGAUACAAGUGACAAACCAUAUUUGUUUUUCUUGGAUGGGAAAAAUCCAAGGAAAUCAUUGCAAAUAUGUGUAAAAGAAUGUCCAAAUAGAAUACUAAAUAAUAUAACUGAUGUAUGCAAAUUUUAUGAAGAAACUAAAUCACAGUUGUGUCAUGAUAAGCCUGGCAGUGGUUUCAGUGCAUGCAAAGAUCUUCACAGCGAGCCCAAGAAAAAUACAAUUGGCUCAUGUCCUGAAUAUCCUGUGUAUGCUAGUAGACCCUUACUUAAUAGAUGUAUUCCAAGUUCAGUAACUGAAGUAACAAAAAAGUUGUAUGAAGUGUUGAAUUCUUGGGAUGUUAUAGAAAAAGUCUUAGGAGAUCUAUGUAAAACUUGGAGAGAAAUCUUAGCCUUAUUAUUUCUAGCUUUUGUUUUGUCACUUUUCAUGAUUGCUCUUUUCCACUUAUUGGCCAGUGUUGUAACAUGGAUUGUUAUGAUAUUAGUUAUGAUAGCUUGUAUUGGAGGAACUGGCCUAUUAUGGUGGACAUAUAUUGAUAUAAAACGUCAAUUGGAUGGUAUAGAAGUAGAGCAACAUUUAGAUGAAUCUGAUGAUAAUAAAAAUACAUUUCUCGUUUUGGCUAUUAUUGCAACUAUAUUCACAGUAGCAAUCUUCUGUAUUAUCUGCUUUGUCAGAGCAAAAAUAAGCUUUAUGGCAUCUUUAUUCAGAGAAAGUGCCAAGUGUUUGGCAGAUUUACCAGGACUUUUCUUCCAGCCUCUUUUAACAUUUUUUGCACUAAUUCUAUUUUUUGCAUUUUGGGUUAUUGUGAUUUUGUGUCUUGCAACCGCAAAUGUCCCAAGUACAAGAGCAAUGAAUUCUAUUGACUCGCUAACUUUAAAUUCGUCUCACGGUAAUAUUAUUUCGAGCCGAUCUAGCGAUGAAAAACUGAGUCCCCUUAAUAUUCCUCUUAACGAUUAUAAAACAUUCACUCUUGUAGACUAUGUUGAUGACACUUGGGUAAAGUAUAUGUGGUGGGUUUAUAUUAUUGGUUUAAUAUGGAUUUCUGAAUUCAUCACUGCUUGUCAAACAAUGGUAAUCUCCGGUGCUGUCGCUCAUUGGUAUUUUAGGGGAAAAAAUGCCAGUGUAUCACCUGUUUGUUCAUCGAUUAGUACAUUGGUUUCUUAUCAUCUUGGCUCUGUGGCUUGUGGUUCCUUUUUAAUUACAGUUUUCAAAUUACCUCGACUACUUUUAACGUAUCUACAUCAAAAAUUUGAAAAAACUAAGGAAACUUCACCUUGUGCCCAAUGUGGACUAAGAUGUUGCAUUUGCUGCUUCUACUGUUUGGAAAGGUUUAUUCGUUAUAUGAAUCAUAAUGCCUACACUGUUAUUGCUAUUGAAGGAACUCAUUUCUGCAAUGCAGCAAGAAUUGCAUUUAAUACAAUUUUAAGUAAUGCGCUUCAAGUAGCGGUGAUCAAUGGAAUUGGCGAUUUUGUACUAUUUUUGGGCAAAUGUUUUGUGACUGCAGCAACAGGAAGUAUUGGUUUGCUGUUUAUGAGACAAAAUACUAGAUUACAUUUUUAUGCUAUUCCAGUAAUUGUCACGUGCAUCUUUGCUUUCUUCAUAGCUCACUGUGUGAUUUCCCUUUAUGAGACUGUGAUUGAUACACUUUUUUUAUGCAUAUGCGAGGACAAAAAUUUAAAUGGCGACAAUGGAAAUUGGCGUCAGUCCGCGUUGGCCCAGCUGGCUUCUGAUUCUAAUAUUAAUACUAACGGUCAGCAAUCUCAUGAACUCGCGCCUAUGAACAGCUAAGUUGUUAAUGUUAGGGCUUUGCAAUAAUAUUCUCAGUCUACCGCAUUUUAUAUAGAUUUAUUUAUAAUAUUUUAUAUCUUAAAAAUCAUGUAAUUUUUCCUAAACUCUGCGAAGUCUUUAUUUAUACAGGGAAUAUUUAUUAAAUGUCUAUUUUUUGAAACUUUUUGUCUCUUACAGAGACUUGAUCCGAGCACAAAUCAAUCAUUGGAUUAUAAAUAAUUUAUUUGUUUAUUCUACAAUUUUUCCAUAAAAUGAUUAAUUCAGAAAAUAUUCAAGAGUGUUUUUGAACUUCCCUUAUUGUGCUUUUAAAGUUUCUUCCAUAUUAUAGUGUUAUCAUUAUCUAUGUCUAGCUAUAAUACAAAACUCAAAGUAGGUCACUAUGAAGAUUUAUGAAUGUGUGGAAAUGUAUUUUUUAAAUGCACAAAUGAAAAGUAUAGGAUACGAUUUGGUGCUUGAAAUGGAAGCCUUAGCACGUAAACUAUGGAGAAGAAAAUUUACAGUAUACUGUCCUUAAAAUUAAACUAACUUUUUGAAGAACAUUUUUUUGAGUGAUUGUUUACAGAAUGUAGAAUAUAUCUUUGCUAAGCAUCGAAUUUAGUUAUAUAAUUUUCUUAUUUAUCACAAUAUAAAUUAAAAAAGAUUUUUACACUUUUGAAUUAAUAUUAUAUUUAAUAUAAUAACACUACCUACUAUAUUAAUAUUUAUGUAUUUCGAUAUUUUGAAUUAUUUUUUCAAAUAUAUAAACAUAUGGUGCAUAUUGACAAAUUCAUUCAAUUAUUACUCAAAAAUAUUUUAUUUAAUUAUACGUGUAAAAUAGUAACAAAAAGAAAACAAUCUUAGAAUAUGAUUACUAUUUUAUUGAGAUUCUCAAAUCAUUGUCAGCCACUCUAAUCUUGUGUUCAGAUUUGAUUUUUCUGAGUAUUAAAAGAUGGUACAAAAUAGAUGAUAUAUUAAAAUUGAAAGUAUAUAAUAAAAUUAUAUUCAGGAGUCGUUUGCCGUUAAGACGUGCUUGUAAACGUGCUCUGAAACGUAAGAAAUAUAAUGAAUUAGAAACGAGUAACACCUGUUAUUUAUGAUAUUAUGAUACUUUGUACAAUGAAAAUUGAAAAUAAAGCU